UUGAUCUGCAUGAUCAGAGGUCGGAUGACAUUCUUUUGGAAAAUUACUACAAAGAGCUUCAAUCGCUUAUUCUUGAAUCUCCUGCACUCAAAAUGGAUUCAGAGAUACACCAGCAGAGGCUUUUAGAAAAGAAAUUAAAUGGUUUAUACUUAAUACUACAGAGGGAUAGGAGAAUUGGAGAGGAGUGGGGUUCAAGCUGCCUUCAGCAGCCGUGGUAA